GCCUUGUGCGGGAAGUGGGGUGGGGGAACGUUUGUGUGUACAAAAUGGAUGGGGGUUGGUGUUUAUUUACUUUAGGGGUUAUAAAUCGUUGCAGUCUGGGAAGAUGAAAUGACUCACUUAAUAAUCUAUUUUUCGUAAAAUAUUUAAUAAAAACCGACCCAUGUUAAUUAGAUGAAAUACCGUUUUGCAAAGUUAAAUACUGAAGUAAACUCAAAAUGUCAGAUGAAAGCAAUAAAUUUAUUAAGGAGUCUUGCUCAUUGGAAAAUAUUCUGACAUCCAUUGGGGAUUUGUUUGAGGAAUUGGAGUUGUAUGGAGUUCCAUCCCUCCCCGAUAUUAAGGAAACUGACUCGUUGUGCCUGAAGGAAACUACAGUACUCCUUAAGUCAUUAGUUAAUGCAUCAUAUCAUAUGCUAUAUCGACAUCGCAAGGUGCUGCGUGAAUUUGAAGAACUUGAGAUGAAAAGAAUGAGAGACAUGGAUGAUAAUCGUGCCUUAAAAUCAACUGUUGAGCGACUGAAAAGAGACAUCAGUGACAAAGAUCGUGCCUUACUUAAAAAAGAAGAAGAGGGGACUCGCUUAAUGGAAAGGUGUACAAAAACACAACAGGAACUCAAAGUGCAGUCAGAUGAGGCUCGGCAAUUAAAAUGUCAGAUUAAAUACAUUGAGAAAAAGAAUACUCAUGACAUUCGUAAGAAAGAGCAAGAAAUCAACAAACUCCAAAUUCAACUGGAACAGGCAGCUGGAUCAAGAUCUGCAAGUAAAUCCCGGCAGCUUGCCACAUCUAAAGAGAUUAAAGCAUCCAAAAUACCAGCUGAGACAGAAGAAACGUAUCAACAAAUAAUAUGUAAAUUUGAAGCUAAUAAUAAAGAUUUAAUGCUUGAGAAUGAGGUUUUAAACAGAGCAUUUCACAAGUUAAAUAAUGAUUUAGCUUUAUUAGUUUCUGACUUUGGUAGUAUAUUGGUGUUGUUACCUGAAGAGAACAAAGACGUGGAAAAGACUGCUGAAAAACAAAUUAAUGUACAAGAAGAACUAAUAAAAAGUACUCAGGAUUUAUCACUGGAAGAAUGCAUAGCAUCAUCAAAUAAUCAUGUAGUGUUACUGAACACAUAUGUAGAUAAUUUGAAACAACGGUUUACCUAAUAUUUUUAUUGCUGUAAUUAAUUAUAGUGUGAAAUGUGCACGUACUUAUAAGCUUUAGUUUUACUUCCUCUUAUGUUCAAAGACUGAUUUUUGUAAAUGUUAUUUUAUAUUUCUCUUGUUGAUUCUGGCUUGUUUUUGUCAACAUCUAACUUUUUUAUACAAGUGGAUUAAAGUGAUGCACCUACCUACGUAUAA